AUGCGUCAAAAACAGAAACAACCUAUCAGACUGAUGAAAUGCAAGGCAUAUUCUAGGGAAAUGAUGAUGAGUGCAUACAAGGCAGUGAAUAAUGACCAUUUGCCAGUUGAUAGAGCAGCAAUCAUGUAUGGUGUGCCAAAACAAACACUGAGGGACAGAGUGUUGAACAAAGUCAAGAUCAGCUCAAGGUGGGGAAAAGAUUCAUUAUUCACCCAUGAAGAAGAAGAAUUGCUUGUUAGCCAUCUGGAAGGGUUGGCCCAGGUUGGGUAUGGCAUUAAUCGCUCUCAGUUGAACAUUCUUGCAGGUGAUUUGGCUGUGAAACUGGGUAGACGUUUAAUUGACUCCAAACUAAGCAACAACUGGUAUUAUGCCUUCUUGAGUCGAUGGACACACAGGCUGAAAGUCAUUAAACCAAGGGGUCUUUCAUCAACAAGAGCAGCCGCUGUCACACAGGAGAAUAUUGACAGCUACUUCAGGGAUUUGGAUGCUAUUCUUACCAAGUACUCCCUGAAGUGUAAGCCACAUCUAAUUUAUAAUCUGGAUGAGACUGGCAUUCAGCCAGAGCAUCGACCAUCAAAGGUUAUCACAGGAGUUUCGUCAAGCAAAACUCAAGCUGUCACCUCUCCGAAUACAGGCACCACAACCAUUGUAGCGUGCGUAAAUGCGGCCGGAAGAGCUCUACCCCCUUACUAUGUGUUCAAGGGAAAACGGACAAACGAUGACCUAUUGAAAAAUGCAGCAGUUGGUGCCAACUACGCCAUGUCGGAUUCUGGAUGGGUAAACGGGGAGGUAUUGAUGAAGUACCUUGAAGAACACUUUCUGAAAUUUGUUCAACGAGGAUCAGGUGACAUUUCCCAACCUAUACUGCUCAUAUAUGAUGGCCAUGCUUCACAUGUCUCCAUUGACAUAGUCAACUGGGCAAGAGAUUACAAUGUCAUACUGUUUGUGCUACCCCCACACAGUUCUCAUGCCCUCCAACCAUUGGACAUUACAUGUUUUGGGCCGUUCAAGUCUAUUUUCCACAAUGAAUGCCAUCUAUACAUGGCUAAGCAGAGGGGAAGAGUCAUUACAAAAUAUGACAUAGCUGACUUGUCCGGGAAGGCUUACUUAAAAUCCAUGACACCAGCAACAAUCCAGUCUGGAUUCCGGAAAGCUGGCAUAUCGCCAUUUGAUCCGACAAAAGUACCAGCAGAAAUGAUAGUGCCGUCUAAAUCAUUCCCCAAAAUCAUUCCAGAAUUGCCAAUUAGGACCAUGAAAGAGCUCCUAGAUGAAAAGUUAAUGGAAACAGCUCCAAAAGCCAAACUUGAAAAACCAAAAGCUAAUAAAAAUAAGACACAGGACAAAAAGAAGAAACCAAAAAUGGGUGGAAAGGCCAUUACAGAAGACUGUACAUACUUUCAGCUGCUAGAAUACCAACAACAGAGAGAAGAAAAUAACACAAAAGAAAAAACAAAUAGAUCAAAACAAAAUUUGCACAAAUCACCCCAACCAAGCACAAGCAAAGGAAAUAUCGUGGACUCUGACAUUGAAAGCGAAAUUGAAGACGAAGAUCCAGCUAACAACUGUUGUAUAUGCAAGAAGUUUUCACCGCCAGGAUUGGAUCAGUGUGAUGAACUUGUGAUCGUCAAAUGGGCCCAGUGCACAGCGUGUGGUCAUUGGUGCCAUCUGCGAUUUUGUUCACAGAUCAGAGUAGUGCGCCGGCUAUCUGAUUUCUUCUGUCCGCAUUGUGCUGAAAGAGAGUCUUAA